GUUGUUACAGAAUAUGGAGCAGAGUUCCCUAUGCUAUACAAUUUUCUAUUUUGUGCAUACAUUAUUUUGUAUAUACUGUAUAUGAUGACUUCGGUGAGCAGUGACCGGUCCAGAGGUGCUCGGGAAAAGCCACAGAUUUCAGUGACACAGGCAACACAACUACAGAAACAAGUGGUACAGGCAACAGCUGAACAGAUGCGUCUCGCUCAAGUGAUCUUUGAUAAAAAUGAUUCAGAGUUUGAAGCUAAAGUUAAACAGCUUAUGGAAGUGACAGGAAAAAAUCAGGAUGAAUGCAUAGUGGCUCUGCACGACUGUAAUGGAGAUGUCAACAAAGCUAUCAAUAUAUUGCUGGAAGGGAAUUCAGAUACGACUUCAUGGGAGACUGUAGGAGGGAAGAAGAAGAAUUUUGGAAAAGAAAGUUCAGAAAACAAAGAGAAUAGAGAGAAGAGAAGUGAGAGAGAAGUGAGCCGUGGACGCGGAAACAACAACCGGAAAGUAAGAGGUGGCAAUCGUGGGAGAGAGUUUAGAGGUGAAGAGAAUGGAAUUGAUUGCAAUCAAGGGGACAAGCCUUCAGACCGUGGCAAGAGAGCUCGUGGUAGAGGAUUUGGACGUGGCAGAGGGAGAGGGGCAGGAAGAUUCUCAACCCAAGGCAUGGGGACAUUUAACCCUGCGGACUAUUCAGAUUCUCCAUCUAUAGAUGGGUAUGGGACAAAACCAGUAGUUUGGGAAGCUACUCAGAAUGGUGCAGAUGAGGGAACUGAACUGGCAUCAAAUGCUCAAAAUGUAGCUCAGAAUCUGCCAAACAAAAAUUCUUUUGGACUCAAAGGGGCCUGGAAGAAUUCUGUGGACGAGUGGACAACGGAAGACUGGACUGAAGAUCUUUCUGAAACAAAGGUCUUCACUUCCUCAUCUGUUCCAGCAGAGCAUCAUGUCACACCUGGGCAAAGUGUUGAUCUGGUAGCCUUGCUCCAGAAGCCUGUUCCUCACAGUCAAGCCGCAGAAGUCAACUCCUUUGAAACUUCCCAACAGCAGGGCUUUGGCCAAGCCCUUGUCUUCACAAAUUCUCAGCACAGCAAUCAGAUGGCACAGGGCACUGGCAUCUCCACUGCCGUCAAUCCCUACCCGCCUCAGAGUCUGUCAUCCGUCCUUGGUUCAGGAUUUGGAGAGCUUGCACCUUCCAAAGUGGCAAACAUCACCAGCUCCCAGAUUUUGGACCAGUUGGAAGCUCCGAGUUUGGGCCAGUUUACCACCACCCCAAGUUCACAGCAGAAUAAUACAAGUCCUCCCACAACCGCUUCUUCUUGGGACCUCAAGCCCUCAGCAUCCCAGUCCUCAGUCCUUAGUCAUUUUGACUUCAAAUCUCAGCCUGAGCCAUCCCCUGUUCUUAGCCAGCUGAGCCAACGACAGCAGCAGCAGACUCAGGCAGUCACUGUUCCUCCUCCUGGGUUGGAGUCCUUUCCUUCCCAGGUGAAACUCCGAGAGUCAGCACCCAGAGACAGCAGUACCUCCACUGUGAACAAACUUCUGCAGCUUCCCAGCGUGACUGUCGAAAACAUCGCCGUGUCUGCUCACCAGCCACAGCCUAAACACAUCAAACUCCCUAAGCGGCGAAUACCUCCAGCUUCUAAGAUCCCAGCUUCUGCAGUGGAAAUGCCUGGUUCAGCAGAUGUCACAGGAUUAAAUGUCCAGUUUGGCGCCUUGGAAUUUGGAUCAGAACCAUCUCUCUCUGAAUUUGGAUCAGCUGCAAGCAGUGAAAAUAGUAGCCAGAUUCCCAUUAGCUUGUAUCCGAAAUCUUUAAGUGACUCUUUGAAUACCUCCCUAGCAGUGACCAGUGCAGUGCAGAACUCCACCCACACAACGUCAGUCAUUACCUCCUCCAGUCUGACCAGCUCAUCGCUGAGCUCCACUAGUCCCGUAACAACGUCUUCCUCCUACGACCAGAGUUCUGUGCACGACAGGAGCGCAUACCAAAGCUCUGUGAGUCCAUCGGAGUCAGCUCCAGGAACCAUCACGAAUGGACAUGGUGGUAGUCGAAGUCAGCAGACAGUAGACACUCCUUCAUCUGUUCCAGCUCCAAAGACCACAGACCCUCCCUCUGCUCUCCCAUCCGUGGGCUCCCUGCCCAGCACCACCUCCUGCACUCCGCUUCUGCCCUCUGCACCCCAGCACACUGCCGCUCUGCCCUCCUUGUCCCAGCCUGGUGACCUGUCCAGCAGCCCCCUCUCUCAGCUUAGCAGCUCCCUCUCCGGCCACCAGAGCAGCCUCUCCUCCGCGCACACGGUGCUCUCCACCAGCACGUCACACACGCUCUGCUGCAUUACAUUAUUUAAUCAGGCCUCCUCUGAUGGAACUUUAGGGCCAUUUUCAGUCUUGAUACCUUGGAAAUACUGUGGGUUCAGUUAUAGACCACCACCGUGGGAAUAUUGUGGGAAACAUGCCGGCGUGGAGAGCACCCCUUCCCUCCAGUCCUCAGCCACCUUCUCAACGGCAGCAACCUGUGCCUCGAGUGCCGCGUCCUCAGGGCUCAGCCUGCCGAGCAGCAUGAACACGGUCAGCAGCCUCUGCCUGGGCGGUACCGCUGUGAGUGCCCCCAGCAGCAGUGCCAGGGCCACGCCCUUGGUGACCUCAGGCAAAGCGCCCCCCAGCCUGCCCCAGGGGGCGCCUCCCCUGCUGCACAGCCAGUACCUCGUGGGCCCCGGAGGACUGCUUCCUGCCUACCCGAUUUAUGGCUAUGACGAGCUCCAGAUGCUGCAGUCACGGCUGCCGAUGGAUUACUAUGGGAUUCCUUUCGCUACACCCGCAGCCCUCGCCACUCGAGAUGGGAGCCUCGCUAAUAAUCCCUAUUCAGGUGAUGUCACAAAGUUUGGCCGAGGAGACUCUGCGUCCCCUGCACCUGCCACCACCCUGGCUCAGCCCCAGCAGAGCCAGUCCCAGGCCCACCACACAGCCCAGCAGCCCUUUCUGAACCCUGCCCUGCCACCUGGCUACAGCUACACUGGCCUCCCCUACUAUACAGGCGUACCCAGUGCCUUCCAGUAUGGGCCCACCGUGUUUGUCCCUCCGGCCUCAGCCAAGCAGCACGGUGUGAGCCUCAGCAGCCCCAGCACCCCUUUCCAGCAGGCCAGUGGCUACGGCCAGCACAGCUACAGCGCAGGUUACGAUGACGUGAGCCAGGGGGCAGCAGCGGGAGACUACACCAAGGGUGGCUAUGGUGGAUCAUCGCAGGCACAGAGCAAGUCUGCAGGUUCUGGGCCUGGCAAAGGAGUGUCGGCGUCUUCGAGCGCCCCCGGCCUCCCUGACGUGACUGGGUCCGUCUACAGCAAGACUCAGACUUUCGACAGGCAGGGAUUUCACGCGGGGACCCCGCCGCCGUUCAGCCUGCCCUCGGCCUUGGGCUCCCCUGGGCCCCUGGGCCCCGGUUACGCGCCCUCACCGCUCGUGCACGUCCUGCCCGCCCACCAGCAGCCUCACUCACAGCUGCUGCACCACCACCUCCCGCAGGACGCUCAGAGCGGCUCCGGUCAGCGCAGCCAGCCCAGCUCCCUGCAGCCCAAGUCGCAAGCCUCCAAACCUGCCUACGGCAACUCUCCAUACUGGACAAACUGAACCCUGAAGAGGGGGUGGGCCGGGGCGGGGCCUACCCCGGGCAGGAGAGAGCACACGGAGCCCGGCGCCCUUCCCCAGAGCUUCUGAGACGUGCAACUGUGUCAGCCAAGCCUCUGUGGGGAGCCUGCCUCCCAGACUCCCUGCUGUAUGUAAUGUAU